AUGAACAGAGACAAGGCUCAGGUUGGAGACACGGCUAUCGCUCCACCUGUGUCCGGCGUGAUCGCGCAAACAGCGGUGAUUGUGGUGGUUUCCCCCGACAGCAUGGACAACAACAGCCCGAAGAGGGUCUCUGGUGUGGACCCCGAGAGAGAGUCGCUUCAGGCUGGCAGAGGGGGAGACGGAUCGCACCGCCCGGACCCUGCACCUGCCGGUGCGCCAACGGUCCACCGGACCACCUCGUUUUCAGUGCUGGACAUCUUGGAUCCAAAUAAGUUUACGAGUAAAAAACAGCCACGAACAGCAGUGUUCGACUUCAACUUGGGCUCGGAGAACAGAGGGGAUGAGGAGUCUUCCCACGGAUGCGACCAGAAAACAUACACAGCAGAAUAUGAUACUUGCAAAAAACCCUCGUCAUUAUCAAAGGAUGACUACAUGUACCGGUCAGAGGAGUGUGAUGACUUCAUGCACGAGGGCAACCACACGGACAGUGACAUCCACGAGGACGACCUCGAGGAGAGCGGAGAGCUCAUGAGCGGGGACGGCGGCCUGGAGCAGCACGAGGAGGACGGCGGCAGAGACAAAACCCCGAGCCCCACGUGCGCGCAGGGGCAGCAGCAGUCGUCGAACGGCCAGGGCAACCAGGUGAAGCCCAAAAGAAAACGCUCGGGCUCAGACUCCAAAUCCGGGAAGCCGAGGAGGGCGCGCACGGCGUUCACCUACGAGCAACUUGUUGCCCUCGAAAACAAGUUCAAGUCCACGCGCUACCUUUCCGUCUGCGAGCGCCUCAAUUUGGCGCUGUCACUCAGCCUGACAGAGACACAGGUGAAAAUCUGGUUUCAGAACCGCCGGACUAAGUGGAAAAAACAGAAUCCUGGGGCGGACACCAGCGCGCCAACGGGCAACGGCACGAACGGUCAGAGUAACGGUUUGGGCGGCCUGAGCCCUGUCAGUCCGUCCCCUCCCAUGGGUGGACAUCUGUCCAUGCACGCCAGCUACGGGGGCCACCACGGGCCGGGGGGACUUGUCUGCACCACGCAGUUACCGUUUUUGCCCAGCCACGCGGUGCUCUCACCCUUCAUGCUCGGCUCGCAAGCAUACGGAGCGCCCACGUUUUACACGCCUCACUUGUGA